GCCGCCCCGCUCCCUCGCAGUGAGUAGACCCCCUGGGCCGGCUGAUUCCGGGCCCUGCCGGUCGGACGGCCUAGUGGGGGACCCAGCGUGCUUGCGACUCUUUGGACGGGUCACGACCGCUGCGGGCAGGCUUUGCUGCAGAUUGGGAUCAACAUGAUGGCGUUGCCUGGAGGCCACCACCUGGAUGCCAUCCCUCUGUCGGGUCAGCGGCUGCACCUGAUGCAGGUGGACUCGGUCCAGCGCUGGAUGGAGGACCUGAAGCUCAUGACCGAAUGUGAGUGCAUGUGCGUCUUGCAGGCAAAGCCCAUCAGCCUGGAGGAAGAUGCACAGAGUGACGUCAUCCUGGCUGGUGGCCCUGGCCCCGGAGACCCCCUGCAGCUGCUUCUCAAGAGGGGCUGGGUCAUUAGCACUGAGCUGCGCAGGAUCGGGCAGAAGCUCGCCCAGGACCGCUGGGCACGCGUCCAUAGCAUGAGUGUGCGUCUCACCUGCCAUGCCCGAUCCAUGGUCAGCGAGUACAGCACUGUCAGCAGGAGCUCCUCACAGGAGAUGGGCCAG